AUGCAACGGGCGUCGUACGGGCAGUCGCCCCCGUUGCACCACCCCGUGCCUCAGCACGUCUCCACGGUCCCCCAGCUUCGUUCGCCGCCGCCGCCGCCGGGCUCGGCGCAGUCGCAGCAGCAGGGCUAUGGCGGCGGCACGCCCUACCAGCAGCAGGGCGCCUCGGCCGGCAAUGUUUUUGGCGCCUACGGCCAGUUCAUGAACGACCCGACGGCCCAGGUCGCCGCCCAGGUUGGCCAGACGGCCUUCAAGCACGGCCAGGAAUACGUCGAGCAGAACUUUGGUCGUUUCGUCAACGUCUCCGCCCUCAAACACUACUUUAAUGUCUCCAACUCGUACGUCGUCAACAAGCUCUUCCUCGUCUUGUUUCCCUGGCGGCACAAGCCCUGGUCACGCAAACAGGCCGUCGGCGUCAAUGGCCAGGAGGGAUGGUAUCUGCCUCCGCGAGAGGACAUCAACAGCCCCGACAUGUACAUUCCAGUCAUGGCUCUCGUCACCUUUAUCCUUCUCUCCACCCUCAUCGCCGGGCUGAGGGGCAAGUUCCAGCCGGAACUACUGGGGUACACGGCCACGACCGGACUGGUGGUGGUGAUUGUCGAGAUCGUCGCGCUGAAGCUGGGGUGCUAUCUGUUGAGCAUCUCUAGCCAGUCUCAGCUCCUCGAUCUCAUCGCCUAUUCGGGAUAUAAGUUUGUCGGCAUCAUCGUCACCGUUGCUGUCGCCGAGGUUUUCAGCGGAGGCAAGGGUACUGGUGGCUGGGUCGGCUGGGCAGUCUUUUUCUACACAUUCCUCGCCAACUCUUUGUUCUUGAUGCGAUCUCUCAAGUAUGUUUUGCUUCCAGAGACGGCCGGUAACGCUGGCGGUCCCAUGCAAACCGAUUCACGAGCCAAACGCGCCCAGAGGACCCAAUUCCUCUUCUUCUACUCGUACAUUGUCCAGUUCUUCUUCAUGUGGGUUCUUACCCGGGCUUGA